UUCGACAGGUGGAGUGCGGAGCCAACCCAGGAGUGCCUGGCUUCCACCAAAGCCGCAGGAAUUUUUUUAAAAAAAAGAAGAAGAAAAUAAAAGAAUUGGAAGGAGCGGGAUAUUCCUUGAAAGAGCCCCACUCCUCCUAGUCCAGCGAUACGUCGAGCAGCCAAUCGCACUGCGGGGCGGAGCAGCGUCGAGUGACCACAGCCAAUAGCAACAGAGAGGGUGGGGCCUGGCUCCGGGCGCGCGGCGGUGGGGUCGCCCCAGGCAGAGAGCGCAGAACUGCUGAGGAGAGAGCUCCAGACCAGCCACAUGGAGGAUCCAACGACACCCGCGGCCGGGAGCUUGCCUGUCAAUGGCAACGACAACGGCAAUGGCAACUUCAACGGCAACGGCAACGGUAACGGUAACGGCAAAGGGAAACCGGCGGCGCCCAAGGUUCGGGAAGCGUUCCGCAACCAGCGUCGGGAGUCGGAGGGCUCGGUGGACUGUCCAACUCUGGAAUUCGAGUACGGAGAUGCAGAUGGGCAUGCAGCAGAGUUAUCAGAAUUGUACAGCUACACUGAGAACUUGGAAUUCACUGCUAACAGGAGGUGCUUUGAAGAAGAUUUCAAGACCCAAGUGCAAGGCAAGGAAUGGCUGGAAUUGGAAGAAGAUGCCCAAAAGACCUACGUGAUGGGACUUCUGGACCGGCUGGAGGUAGUUAGUAGGGAGCAGCGCCUGAAGGUGGCCCGAGCUGUUCUCUACCUGGCCCAAGGCACUUUUGGGGAAUGUGAUUCAGAGGUCGAUGUGCUACACUGGUCCAGGUACAACUGCUUCCUGCUCUAUCAGAUGGGGACCUUCUCGGCCUUCCUGGAGCUACUCCACAUGGAAAUCGACAAUAGUCAAGCCUGUAGCAGUGCCCUUCGGAAACCAGCUGUCUCCAUUGCUGAUAGCACAGAGCUCCGGGUAUUGCUGAGUGUUAUGUACCUAAUGGUGGAAAAUAUCCGCUUGGAGCGAGAGACAGACUCCUGUGGAUGGAGGACAGCCCGGGAGACCUUCCGCACUGAACUGAGCUUCUCCACGCAUAAUGAGGAUCCUUUUGCCCUUUUGCUCUUCUCUAUGGUUACCAAGUUCUGCAGUGGUCUGGCCCCCCACUUUCCUAUAAAGAAGGUCCUGCUUCUGCUGUGGAAGGUGGUCAUGUUUACCCUCGGUGGAUUUGAGCAUCUGCAAACUCUCAAAAUACAGAAGCGCGCAGAUUUGGGCCUGCCUCCACUGGCUGAGGACAGCAUCCAGGUGGUGAAGACCAUGCGUGCCGCCUCCCCGCCCUCUUACACUCUGGACUUGGGAGAGUCUCAGCUGGCACCACCACCCUCCAAGCUGCGAGGCCGCCGUGGUUCUCGAAGGCAACUCCUCACUAAGCAGGAUAGCCUGGAUAUCUACAAUGAGAGGGAUCUCUUCAAAACUGAGGAGCCAGCCCCAGACGAGGAGGAGGAGUCUUCAGGCGAUGGAGAACGUACCUUGGAUGGAGAGUUAGACCUGCUAGAGCAGGACCCUCUGGUGCCACCUCCACCCUCACAGGCACCCAUCUCUGCUGAGCGAGUGACCUUUCCCAAAGGCUUGCCCUGGGCCCCAAAAGUCAGACAGAAGGACAUUGAGCAUUUCCUAGAAAUGAGCAGAAACAAGUUCAUCGGAUUCACCCUGGGGCAGGACACAGAUACCUUGGUUGGAUUGCCCAGACCCAUCCAUGAGAGUGUGAAGACCCUAAAGCAGCACAAGUAUAUCUCCAUCGCAGAUGUGCAGAUCAAGAAUGAAGAGGAGCUGGAGAAAUGCCCCUUGUCUUUGGGAGAAGAAGUGGUACCAGAAACACCAUGUGAAAUCCUCUACCAAGGCAUGCUGUAUAGUCUCCCCCAGUAUAUGAUCGCUCUGCUUAAGAUUCUCCUGGCCGCAGCUCCCACCUCCAAAGCUAAGACAGACUCUAUCAAUAUCCUGGCAGAUGUCCUGCCUGAGGAGAUGCCCAUCACUGUUCUCCAGAGCAUGAAGCUGGGUAUUGAUGUGAACAGGCACAAGGAGAUCAUCGUAAAGAGUAUCUCUGCUCUGCUUCUGCUACUCCUCAAACACUUCAAACUCAACCAUAUCUACCAGUUUGAAUAUAUAUCACAACAUUUGGUAUUUGCCAACUGCAUCCCGUUGAUCCUAAAGUUCUUCAAUCAAAAUAUCUUGUCCUACAUUACUGCCAAAAACAGCAUCUCAGUCCUGGAUUACCCCGGCUGUACCAUCCAGGAUUUGCCGGAGCUUACUACCGAGAGUCUGGAAGCUGGGGACAACAACCAGUUCUGCUGGAGGAACCUCUUUUCUUGCAUCAACCUCCUGAGGCUGCUCAAUAAACUGACCAAAUGGAAGCAUUCCAGGACCAUGAUGCUGGUAGUAUUUAAAUCAGCUCCAAUCUUAAAGCGGGCCCUCAAGGUCAAACAGGCCAUGUUGCAACUUUACGUCUUGAAGUUGCUAAAGAUACAGACCAAGUACCUGGGGCGCCAGUGGAGGAAAAGCAACAUGAAAACUAUGUCCGCCAUUUACCAGAAAGUGCGCCACCGCAUGAAUGAUGACUGGGCUUAUGGGAAUGACAUCGAUGCCAGGCCGUGGGACUUCCAGGCCGAAGAGUGCACCUUGAGGGCCAACAUUGAAGCUUUUAACAGCCGCCGAUAUGACAAAGCCCGGGACUCUGAAUUCUCACCUGUGGAUAACUGCUUACAGAGUGUGCUGGGGCAGAGGUUGGAUCUACCUGAAGAUUUCCACUAUUCCUAUGAGCUCUGGCUGGAGAGAGAGGUGUUUUCACAGCCCAUCUGUUGGGAGGAGCUUCUCCAGAAUCACUGACUGAGCAUCUGAUAGAUGGAGGUUGGCUCUAAUAAAUGGUGCUCUGCCUACCCUAACCCACUCACCCUGUGCUUCCUGCUCUAGGAUUGCUUGUCAGGGGAAGACCAGGCCCGGCCCAAGGCAUCCAGCCUACUUCAGGGUUAUUCAGGGGGAGCGUUGAGCUUGGAGAUGGUGCAAGGCUGGGAUCCUCAGUCACAAACUGACUACCUUGCCCUGGGCUCAGCUGCGUGCCCCAGGGGCCAUGGCAGCCUUUUGGUGGACUGGUCCUGGAAAGGCUCUUUGAUGAGACCUGCUUUUAGUUUUGCCUAGAACCAGGCUGGCCUUUGCUGGAUCCCAGAACAAGAAGACUUGGUUACGUUUGACCCACGGCCUUCAUCCAGAACAGAGGGACAGGUGCAAGUCAUACAUUAGAAGAUUUUCUUCUGCACCCUGAAUUCCUAGGACUUAGCAGAAGUUUGGCAACUUUAAAAUUAAUACUAUGUUUUAAAUUUUUUAAUUUUAGCUCUUCUAAAAUCAUUAGCUCUGAGAUGAUUUUAGGGCACGUGCCCCUUCUUUGUAAAGGAUGAUUCACUACUCCCUAAACACUGCAUGUUACAUUUGUGUAGAGUGGUUUUUCCUUUGUUUCUUAGGAGAUCUAUGUUAAAUGUGAAAAUUAUUCCCAUGUGUAUUUUGUAUAGAGCAUGCAGUGCUCUUUGUAAAGAGCCACAACCAGUGUGAAAUAAUCAGGCCUUCUUUAAGGAUGUUUCAUGUUUUUCUGAAAUUGCUUCAGUCUUAAGAUAGCUGAAUACACUACAGAAAAUUGUCCUCUUCGUCUACUUUAUUUUUAAUUUUUUUUCGGUACCGGGGAUUGAACUCGGGUCCUUGCGCUUGCAAGGCAGGCCACCGAACCGCUGAGCUAAAGCCUCGGCCUACUUCAUUUUGUAAAUGACAGGUUAACUAUAGGAGAUUUUAUUUAUUGAGAUGGCAUGUCUGUUUGUGCUGAUUAAUUUAUUUCUUAGUUGAAAACAGCAAGAACAUCAUAGCUUACAUUUUUGCUUCUCCAAAAUUGAUUUAUGAUUUUUUUCUUUUUUACUGCUAGCAGUUUCAAAGUGUCAUGAAGAGAUUUAGCAAUACUGUUCCUAAGUGUUCCACAUUUUAUUGAAAAUAUAAGGGUCGAGGUUCUGGGAUGUAGCUCAGUGGUUCCACCACCAGCUUUGC